CUAUAGUUUAGUUUGUGGGUUGUUAUUAAGACCUCUGUUCAGGUAGAUAAUUAAAAUGUUUGAAGAUAUAAGUUUUAGAGAUAUGGAAGGGUUAAAUGAGGAUGAUAAGGAAGUUAUAGCUUAUGCCCAGAGCACGAAGGGACACUCUGUUCUGCGAAAGUAUGCCUACAGUAGUCCUCCUUCCCAACGGAGAUAUGGUUAUGGACUUGAUUAUUCCAGUGUGUCACCAGUAAGGAGUCGAUAUUAUUCUGGUGAGGAAGACUACCUUAACAGUGCUGUUCAGAGAGCAACAUCUAUUGGAUCUGAUGCUCUAUACGAUACAUAUGAUACUGCCAACAUGUCUCGUAAUCGCGAUUAUGACUUAAUUUCCGCUACCAAUUCAGCCAUACAGCCCCCGUCACCGUUUUCUGCUGUGAAGGCCAGAUUGAAUCGGAUAUCAUCAAACCUCCCACACAGACGUUUUCCCUCUCAACAUUUCACAUCACGCUCAGACAUCAGUCCAAUACGAGAUCUAGACACAUCAGACACAACAUCGUUAGUUGCUAGUCCAAGUCCAAGACCAUCAGCAGUUCAUAUACCACAUACUCCUCACUCCACAUACAGACACAGUCCACUACCAGACAGUACUUCAGAUAAAUUAUACAGAGAUUCAGAUACAAGUCAUUUAGUAGCAAGUCCUGCACCACAACCAGCCAUAUUACCACACAGAUUACACUCUUUGAGUCAUCGAGCUGGUCUGUCCACACCUAUUACAGCUGGUAGUACAUGGAAUGACUUUAAUCUACCCGUUCCAACACAAGCGUCAGCGUUUUCAGAACGUCCUAUACUAGAUGAUCCUAAUCUAGCUAAUUUACCUGAACAGAGGUCUUCUACACUGGUCCAUGGAUAUCUAUCUCCAUCAUUGGUGGCUAAAUACAGUGGAUCGCCUAUCAUUUCACCAAUUGGAAGUGGUACACAGACGCCAAUUAGAUCAAGCUACCUUACUAGAUCGAAAUAUGCUGAUAUCCCAUCUCUAGCACAAAGCAUUGAUGAUACAGGAUUAGAAUAUGGGCCGGAUACAAAGUACACAGGACAGAGGCACAGAGUGCUUGGGACCAAAAGGUAUACAGGGAACUAUUAUGAUCGACUAUGUAAAAAAAGAUUGGGAAGAGAGAAGCGUUCUAAAUAUUGGCCAUAUUAUGAUGUGGAAUCAAUUGGUCAGAGUGAUGAUAGCGAUAUUUUGAGUGAUGAGGAAUAUGGUACAUCAGGCUACACUCCAGUAUCAUAUAGAGAUACAGAAGAUUAUACAACUGAUAAUUAUGUACCAUUUAAACCAAGAUAUGACACAUUAACAUCACCAGGUCUAUUAGAGAUGUCACCAUAUAACGAGAGUGCUUUGAAACCUGACUUAUCUUAUCUCUCUUCCUCCAAUUUGCUUCCAAGAUAUAAACCUUCCACUUCCACUGAUGUUUCAAAAUACAAUGAACAUGACUCUGUAAUAUCUUCACUUGUAGCAAAAUCUGUGCAAAAGGCUAAGGAGCAUUUGAAAGGGGUAAAUUGGGGGAAAUAUGAAAAUGCUAGUUUGGUGCUAAGUGUUGAAGGUGAUGUGGUACAUCCAAAUAAUGGUGAACGCUAUGGAUUCCGAUAUUAUCCUGAACCCAUUUCAGUGCAUGGUAAAGCUGAUGUAACUGAGAGGCUUGCAGGAGUUGCUCCAAAAGAGUUAUCAUCAGGUGAUCAAGUAUUCUUUAAUUAUGUUAGUAAAAUGCGCGACUUCCGUGAUGGUGUGCGAAAUCGACUUGGUGAUGUGGACACUUAUAGUUAUAAACCAAGAUAUGACUCUAACUUAUCAAAGACAAUUUUAACACGCUUGCCACCACUGCAAUCUGGACAUCCAUCUUAUAUACCCCAAACUACAUUUAAAAAACGUCUGGAGGGAGGUUUGAGCCACCAAGUUGAUGUCUUCUCUCUGCCUAUGAGUGAUCAAGCUUUACCCUCAUCACUGCAACUGUCUACUAAACCAAAGUCUAAUGAAAAGCAUGAUGGCUAUUCACGCGAAGGCCCAGUCACAGUUCUUGAUAGAAUUUUAAUAAAGGUUAAUACAGAGACCCAUUCAUCACCUAGAGCAGCAGUAGCUUCACUCAGAGCCAGAACACGGCCACAAACCCAACCACUUUCAGCUAGAAGGGUAUCACCAGUACGCCAAGUCUAUCAACAGGUAGAAUUUGUCAGGGCAUCUUCUGCUCCACCAUUGGGUCAGCCAGUUGUUGUGUUUGCACAGCCGAGACAAUCAUGGGCAAGACGAUCUCCCAUAUUUGUAAGAAAUAGAUCACCAAGUGUUGAAAGAUCAAGAAGCGUAGAUCGAGAAUAUGGUGCAUUUGAAUAUUUGCAUAGGCAUCCAACUGCUCCAACAGCAAUAAGAGAAGCUCUUGAUAGCAGCAGACGACCAACAAAAGAUGAUCGUACAAAUUAUCUUGUUGCCAAAUAUGAGAGAUCGAUUCGAAAUGCACAGCGUGCAAUGUCUCCAUCACAUGUUUACGAUUAUGAUGUAGCACCAACGAGAUCUAGGGGUUAUUAUAUAUCGCCUGCCAAUACUCGUCACUAUCGUUACUACCCACGGCGGUACAGAAUGCUUGAUUAUUAUACUAGCCCACUAACAGCUCAUAGGCAUAAUAAUAGAUUUUGGCGAUUCUUGGGUGAUACCAGUGAAAAAUCACCUGUACCAUACUAUGAGUUAAUGUACAACCCGCGAUAUCAGAAUGAAGUAAAUAGAUUGCUUGAAUCACUUGAGAGACCCAGAACUAGAAAAAGAAAACAAAGAUCUCUCUAUGCUGCUAUUGUUGCCAGUAAACUUGAAGAUGAGCCUGGCACACGUCGUCGUAGGACACCAAGAUCUAAAUAUGCCGCUGAUAAAUAUCGGGCAACACACAAAGUAGGAGAGAAUCCACUUUAUUAUAGCCCUGAUCCUCAUACUGCAGGACUAACAGCAUCAAGAGGAACCGUGCAAAGAGUAACGGAAAGAAAGGCUGUACGUGACUCUGAAGGCAAUUUUACCAAACCCAAGAAUAUUCUUUCAUGGCAGUAUCGACUGGAUUCUCGAAUACCACCUGAGGAAGUUUUAUAUCGACCCACAACUUUCAAUCGAAUGAGAGAAAGGCUGCACGAAGCUCAGGAUAAAAUGGAUCGACAUCGUCAACUAUUGGAUAGAUAUAUACCUGAAGAAGGUACUAGUGAAUCUAUAGAAAGUAGAGUUAACAGAAAAUUAAAUGAAUUGGAGCAACGUGAUUCGUCUGGAGGCAGUAAAGCAUCGGUAGGCUCAUACACACCUUUUGAUUACUACGGACCAAGCGGACCUCCAGUUUCUGAAACGAGAAGACGAAUUCGCAGGGUGCUUAAUGGUACUAGACGAUAAAUGAUAUGAAAGGGAGGAGAUAUUAAGUAAAGAGAGGUAGAGUUGAGCUUCAUUAGCCAGCCAGCCACAGUCACGCCAAGCUUCAACAGCAUCAAGCUAUCAGUUCAAGCUAAAUUGCCUUUCAACUUUUAAAUACUAUUGUUAAUUGUAAAGCUUUAUAUAUGUAGCUAAUAUUAUCUAAAUGUUACAGUAGAUCUGAAGAAGAACAAUACUUUAUUAUAAUUUUAUUUGUCGACUCUCCUCUUUUUAUAAGUUUUCCUCCAUUUUUUCUGGUCUCUAUUUUUUUCGAUUUCCUUUGAUUUAAAUUUGUAAAUCCAGCCAAAAUGGUGUUUAAAUUACCACAAAAUUGUGUGAUAUCAAUCCUAUCGUGUUCAAUAGAUAGCAAUUUAGUCUGAUCUACCCAAUGUAUAUUUGACACCCUGGCAACAUUCGUUGAUCGAUAACUGUCUAAUGGUUUUUAAAAGUUUGAAAUUUGGAGGAAAGAGAUUCAUCUGAAUUAUAAAUUGUUACUUUUGUAUAUAGAAUGAACUCUAAUUAUCACUGGUUAAAACAAAAGACUGGGUAAAAAUUUGCCAUUUGAUUUAAUUUUUAGAUUAAAGAUAAAUUAAUUGUACAUAUAAAUAAUAAUGAAUACCUAAUUAUUUGUAAAAUAUUUUUUGAAGUAAUUUGUAAUAUUUUGUGUUUCUCUAAUUGUAUCUAAGCUGACUUUCUCCAUGUUGUUUAGAGCAAGGGAUAUUAAAGGGCUAUGUGCAAUAUUUAUGACCUCUGAGGUUCAAUCCCAGUUCUCUGUUCUAUUUUUCCUGGCUUAUAUAAGAAUUGUGCGGUUUGUUUUCUUGACAGGGUCAGACAGGUGUGAGUCUAGCAAAACUCUACCCAAUGUAAUAAUCAAUGACCCAUCACAAGAUUGAGUUGAAUAAAAAAAAAUUGUCAUCUAAUA